GUUAUUACGUAAUACUUUCCGCUGUAAUUGUAGGCGGGCCGCCAAUAACUGUUCAUUUGUGACUCUGUUAGAUAGUGUGUACAGUGAAUGGAUAGCGUUUGACUCUGGUUAUACCUCCGUCAUUUCUCUACUUAAUUAGAAUGAAAAGUUUCAGGAUAUCUUUCAUCAACCUUUUGUGCUUGUAUCUGAGGUUUUCUGAGGAUCACGGCGGACGCUGCUCUGACACUGUUUGGCAGCUACCGGAGCCAACUAUCAGUCAUCUGGAGGCUGUCAGUGACAAGCAGAGCCUGGUGGUGAGCUGGCUGCUAAACCACAGUAGCUCUGCGGGUGGCAUCAAUGAGAUCCAGAUUAGCCGCACUGAAGACCACGUCAUUAUUUACAAUAAAAAUGUCAGUGCGCGGUCUGUCGGUUCACAUGGAUACGAAUGGACCUGGACCUCAGAUCUGCCUCUGGAGUGCGUGGAUCACUUUGUCAGGGUGCGACAUUUCUACAACCGGUCUGUUCCAAGUCCCUGGAGCAAAUGGAAAGCUAACAGUGGUGCAAAGGCAAAGACGAUCACAAUGUUUCCAAGGGACCAGAUGCUAAAAGUCGGCAGCAACGCCACAUUCUGCUGUGUUCCCCCGGCAGGAGUCAACAUCACCAGCAUUACCCUCAGUGACCGGGAAUACCCUCUGAUCAGCAUCGGAGCCGGAGUUAAGGCCAUCGCUGUAGAGAACCUGCGUUUCCCAACACAUAUAUUUAAAUUCCUAAUACUCAAUUGCAGGGAUUCAACAGGCAUUAGCAGGUCCAUCAUGAACCGUGUCAGCUUUCCUCCGCAGAAGCCCAGAAACCUCAGCUGUGUGACCUCAUCUAUGACAACUGUUACCUGCACCUGGGAUCCAGGCAGAAAACUACACCCGAAUGACCGCAACAAGCGAACAUACACCCUUCAUGUAGAGAAUACAGACCUGGCUCCCAUCGAAUGUCAGACAUGGUCUUGUACUUUCCCGUCCAUACCACACCUGAACGAAUACAACGUCACUGUGGUAGUGAAGGACAAGCUGGGAGAGGAGGCACAAAGCUACAGCUUCAAUAUCUCCGACCGAGUGUUUCCUGUUGUGAAGUGGGACAGUGUGAGCCCAGGAGUGACAGACGCCACCAUGUCAUGGAUCAUACAAGGGAACUUCACGCAACUCUGUUGUCAGCUCACUGUCAACACAAAGGCCACCACAGCGCUGAACUGCAGUGGCAUAAAUGGACCCUGCAAAGUCAAAGUGGAGCAUCUGCUCCCCAGCACUCACUACUCUACCAGGGUGCGCUGCUCUGCAAAUGGCAUGCUUUGGGGAAACUGGACGCAGCCAAAACCCUUUAUGACGCAUCCACUGGUGACCUUAAACUUAUGGAGGAAAAUAAAGCAGCUGUCUUACCCCUACACUCGUCAAGUUACUCUAUUGUGGAAAAUGGAUGUUUCUGGCUCAGCGGCCACCGAGACUGCCAAAGCUUACACAGUUCAAUGGUGGCCGGAGGGCAAGAACAAGACUGUGUGGACAGAUGGUGGACAGACCCAGGCGCAGGUUUCCAUUGGCCCACAACAGUGUGACUUCACUGUUAAGGCUGUUCUCCACGCCGGCUCCUCCAUCCCUGCUCGUAUCACCAUCCCAAAGUUGGAUGACAGAGAGAACCUCCCAGAGGAGAAGCGGUUGAGCAGCGGCUCAGCUGCUGGUUUCAAUCUGUCCUGGUCCGAGUGGGACCAACCGACGUGUGGCUAUACAGUGGAGUGGUGCAUCCUGGGAGAUCCUGUGUCGCCUCUGCAAUGGAAACAUAUCCCAGAGGGAAACAACACAUUACUCCUCCCUGCUGGGCAUUUCAAACCAGGAUGUAGGUAUACCUUCAAUAUCUAUGGGUGCACAGAAAAUGGACACAGACUGCUGGAGAUACAGACUGGAUACUCACAAGAGCUUGGAGCAGUACCGUCCCCGAGUCUGGUUGAACCUGUUCAGACUACAUCCUCAUCUGUGACAUUAGAAUGGCGUUACAGUGAGGACGAUCCGUCCCAUGUGGCAUUCAUCACUGGUUACCUGGUUACUGUAAAGGAAGUGGGACCUAACAUGCUGCCAUGUCAUUCCGCAGCGAUGGAUGUCUUCAACAUAUCAGUGGCCGACCCUCGGAGGAAAUCUGUGACCGUAGAGGGUUUGAAGCAGAGCCAAGAAUACACUUUCUGUGUGAGUGCUCUCACUAAGAACGGGCCGGGACAACCAACCAGCAUCACCAUCGCCACCAGAACCGACUACUCCACUCAACUGGUCAAGAUACUGACUUUUACCCUGUUUUCACUCAGCUGCAUCAUAUUACUGUGGUGUCAAAGAAAACUGUUGAAAAGAAGACUGACAGAGGUUUUUGUUUAUCCUGCUGGUAUGAGCAUCAAAACGCCUGAGUUAAUCAGCUUCCUGCAGCAGACUGGUGAGAGGGUGCCCUCCCACAAGAUGGAGGAGUGCAUCACCUGUGACAUUGAGAUCCUAAAUUCUCACCCUCCUCUGGUCAAACCAUCCACACUGAGAGAGAACCGUCCUGUUUUCAUGAGCACACCUUCUCCUGGUUCACAGUCGUCCGAUUCAUCUCCGUCGCCUCCGUGUGUUGUGCCGGUCCAAGACUACUGCCCACACUCGGUCACACCGCUCCGCGAAGGACCUGCCCUUCAGCAAAUAACUUGCAUGGCAAACAAGAGUUACUUUUACCCCAUGGUGGAGGAAUCCCCGGAGACACAGGGAGAAACGACGUCCAGUGAAGUCAAAGCAAGCUUCGAUCUUUCCGAUGGUCAGCAGAGUUCAUGCACAGUUACAUAUGGUUAUGUCUCCAAUGAUACUCUGUAAGUACAGAGUCCAUUUUAAGUCUAAAUACUAUACAGGGAUGCUUUUUUGUUGUCGAUAAUUUGAAUUUGCAGCUAGUUUUUUAACCAAGUAGUCCAUAAUUCAUGCUAUUGGUUGCACUCGUUGUGCAGCGAGUGGAGAUAGUUUUUUAUUAUUAUUAUCUACAGGAUGCUGAUGAUACCAGUGAUAAGGCAGCUAAACAUAUCAGGCGGAAAGAGAACUAAGAGCUGUGUUGAAUUAUAAAGUAGGACGAGGAUGAUUCAUUCACGAGCAUUAUGUUGAAAAUGAUUGACCAUAUUAAUCUUAUGGUCAGGAGAAACCUUCCCUUCAGUUCUCUGUAGUGGAAUCUUACACUCGACUCCUACAUUUCGGAACAGGUCACUUGCUGAUAGCGGAAACCUGAUUGACUGUCGGUGAAGUCAGCGGAGUGAAUUCUUCUCACACUUUACACCUUCAUGAAGAAAACACACAUAACUGGUUCACAGCAGGAAAUCGGUCACUUUACCAGCCACUGCUGUGUUUCCGCAUGUUCCGGAUUUGGACUAGUUGUGAGAAACACGUCAAUACUACUUUUAGCCUCAAAAUUCUGUCAAUUCCAUCAAACAACAACAGCUUCCUGUGAGCUUCUGCUCCGGCUACUGAAGUUCACGGACAUAUUCGGAAAACCAGUGUGAGACUGUUGACAUGUUACAUUAAUAUACUAGUCGUUACCACUAGAGGAUACUAAAAGGUGACCAAUAAGGGAAGCACUCAACUCAUAAAAACUCAUGCCAGGAAAACCUUCCCGAACACACCAUUACACCAGAGGCAACAGCAGCAGUUUCAGCCUUAAGCUGUUGCCAAAAGGCAGGUUUGCUCUAUCGCUUUCUGCUGUAUACACCAGAUAUUGACCUGGGAGAAGAACUCAUCAAACCAGGUUGUGUUUGAUACAGCCUCUGAUUUCUGACCUUAGCAGACAGAAGUGGAGAUGGCCUGAGAUCCCGUUUUCUCUCUCAUGCCUGCACACCAUCUUAAAUUCCAGAAUGGUCACAAGUUAUGAUUUGCAGUGUUAAUAUUUAGUAUGACAACCAUAGGUUAUUGAGCAGUUGUCUCAUUUGACAACACUAUUCCAAAUUCCACCAAACCACAUUCCCUGCCCAAUACUUCCAUUUGUUUUGUUAAGUUGCAGAACUGGUCCUGAAAACUGUCAGACCUCAAACCUGGAGCUGUGACAGAACUUAUGGGAAUAAAAAACCCCAAACAUUUCAAUUUAAAAAGUGUUAAUGUGAGUUUAAUUUGAAGUGUCUCUAAUACUGCACAGUAAAAAUGUCUACUUUCCUGUAUGUUAGUAUUCAUACAUGUCCUGGUCAGAACUUAUGGAAAGGUUUUGUGUUUUCUUUUUUUAUUGCAUCUCAAAAUUGACAAUUUUGUCUAUAUAAAAAGUGCAAAUGUGGAACUUUUAACUUUUAAAUUUCUCUAAAACUGUACAGUAAAAGUGUUUUGUUUGUGACCGUCAGACAUUAAGUUUAUACAGCGACAUCCACUAGAACUAACUACAAUUUAUUGUAAAAUACAGCAGCUCCAACACCCUGAGUAAACAACUAAAUAAACAAUGUGGAUUUCCAUGAAGACACAACGAACAAAUAUUCAUUUAAAGUAAAAAAAAAACUUUA